GCUAUGUGUAUUUUGCUUUCGUGUUUAUUUUUAUAGCAAGUCCAGGUACUUUUCUCCAACCUGGAAAUAGAUGCAGGAGAAUCAAAGCAGAUGCAGCCACCUGACAAACCUCAUCAAGAAAGAAACAGAAAAACCACCUUUUCUGGUAUCGGACAAGGGAAGGCAACCCUGGGAGGCAGUGUUGAGUUGAAGAGUUUGGGCCAUUUGGAACUCCAUGAAGCUUUACAGGAGAAAGCUGAAAUUAAUUGUUUUCGAUUUCAUGACGAGGAAGAGACACCUGGACAUCGGCAGAGAGGCAAAACUAAUUUGGACUGCGAUCUAGGCCUGGCAGGAAAGCAACCCCCAUUUUGGGAGGAAAGAGACAGUGGUUUGGAUGAAAAUGCCAUUCAGCAGGGGAUUAAGCAGAUCUUCGAUCUCCUUGAGAAUCCAAGAAAGCCCGUGGUGCCGAAGGCCCACAGAUGCUCCUAUUGUGGGAAAAACACAAGCUGCAGAUCGCAGCUGAUUAUGCACGAGAGGAUCCACACUGGAGAAAAACCAUACAGGUGCUCCGAGUGUGGCAAAAGCUUUGGUCGAAACAGCUCCCUGGCAGUUCACCGAAGGACCCACACGGGAGAAAAGCCGUACGAAUGCUCCCAGUGUGGGAAGGUCUUUCGCUGCAGCUCCAACCUUUUUAUCCAUAAAAGGACCCACACCGGAGAGAAACCCUAUCAGUGCUCUCGGUGCGGCAAAAGCUUUAGCAAACAUACCACCCUCAUGAUUCAUAAGAGGACUCACACGGGAGAGAAACCAUUUGAAUGUCCGGAAUGCGGGAAAAGCUUCAAUACUAGUUCAAAUCUUACAAGCCAUGUGAAGUUGCACACGGGAGAGAAACCCCACAAAUGUUUGCAGUGUGGGAAAAGUUUCAGUCGGAAUUCCAACCUGGUGAUACACCAGAGGACUCACACAGGAGAGAAACCAUACGAGUGUCCCGAUUGUGGGAAAGGUUUCACAACUAGCUCGAAUCUAAUAAGUCAUGUCAGUUUACACACGGGCGAGAAGCCGUUCAGAUGCCCAAACUGUAGCCAGUAUUUCAGCCACAGUUCUACUCUUAUUAAACACAAGAGGACACAUACAGGAGAAAAGGCUAUCAGCCUUUUGAUUGCAAGAAAAGCUUGAUAAUUCCUCUGGGGAAUUUCCAAGUGUUCACCACGAUCGUUUGUUUCCAGAUUGCUGAGUUACUUUCGCUAAAGAGACAA